UCUCUCGUCCGGCUGUCAGUUUCGGGGAUUCCUAGCUUAGCAUCGGACCUUUGUGUACACAGGACCCCUCCACAGCUGCAGAAAUGAAGUUCGUUAGGUUCAUCAUGAAAAACGCCGCUUUGGCCAGCGUGCCCAAACACAUCGAGCAUUUCUCCAAAUUCUCCCCCUCACCGCUCUCCAUGAAGCAGUUCCUCGAUUUCGGUUCCAUCAACGCCUGUGAGAAGACGUCCUUUGUCUUCCUGAGACAGGAGCUGCCAGUGAGACUCUCCAACAUUAUGAAGGAAAUCAACCUGCUGCCCAACAGACUGCUCACCACCCCGUCUGUGCAGAUGGUGCAGAGCUGGUACAUCCAGAGUUUAAUGGAGAUCCUUGAAUUCCUCGACAAGAAUCCUGAUAACUUCAAAGUCCUGGGAGAGUUUGUUGACGCCUUAGUGACCAUCAGAAACCGGCACAACGAUGUCGUGCCGACUAUGGCCCAGGGUAUCAUCGAAUACAAAGAGACCUUCCCCCAGGACCCAGUAACCAACCAGAACAUCCAGUACUUCCUGGACCGCUUCUACAUGAGCCGCAUCUCCAUUCGCAUGCUCAUCAACCAGCACACUCUUAUUUUUGAUGGAACCCUCAACCCGGUCCAUCCAAACACCAUUGGGAGCAUUGACCCCCACUGUGAAAUCGCAGAUGUUGUCCAGGAUGCUUUCCACAGUGCCAAGAUGCUGUGUGACCAGUACUACCUUCGCUCCCCUGAUCUGAUUCUCCAGGAGAUGUGCAGCAAGAAGAAGAAGAACCUUCCCAUGAGCAUCGUAUACGUUCCCUCUCACCUCUAUCACAUGCUGUUUGAGCUCUUCAAGAAUGCCAUGAGGGCCACAAUAGAGACUCACGACAACAGCAACACGCUCCCACCCAUCCAAGUCAUGGUGUCUCUGGGAGACGAGGACAUGUCAAUCAAGGUGAGCGACAAGGGUGGCGGUGUCCCCUUUCGGAGGAUCGAGAACCUCUUCAGCUACAUGUUCUCCACUGCUCCGGCUCCACAGAUAGGAGAGCGCACUCGGCCUCCACUGGCUGGCUUCGGCUACGGUCUGCCCAUCUCCCGUCUCUACGCCCAAUACUUCCGGGGGGACCUGCAGCUCUACUCCAUGGAGGGCCACGGCACAGACGCCGUCAUCUACCUGAAGGCGCUGUCCACAGACUCCAUCGAGAGGCUGCCGGUGUACAACAAAACCGCUCUGAAGAACUACAAAGUGAGCCAAGAGGCCGACGACUGGUGCAUACCCAGUAAAGAGCCUCUAGAUCUGAGCAUCUAUAAGGUUCCCAAGUGAAAGUGGCCCGGUGCUUCGAGCCUACACACCACGAAGCCUUCACAGUUUCUGUCUUCAUAUUCCCAUGUCGUCGUCUGUCAGGGCAGAUGUGUGCACCGGACCUUUUGUUUCUAAUGAGAGGUCAUCUCCAGACUGAACUUAUCUUUUUAGUCAGGUUUUAGCAAUCUUCAUGUUGCUUUUAGUCCCGGUUGUCCUUUCGGGUUCUUCAUAGGAAAAUAGAAAACAGCUACUAACCGAUAGGACUUUGAGAGAUGCUGCUCCAGUGUUGCAUCGUGUGCAGGUAGAGACGGAGCAGGUUACAGGUUUGGUGUUUAGGCUAAAAAAAAAAAGUGUGAGUAUGAGAGGACCGAUGCAGAGGAGGGUUUAUAAUAUUCCAGUUUUACGACACCACACAUGCUGCAGAUGUUUGAGCAGCCACUAAUGGAGGUAUUGAACCUCAUCCUGUAAGGUCACCCAAGCCUUAUAGUAGCAACUUCAUUCAAAGGCUCAUUUCAUUGAAAUACUGAAGUAUCUGAGAUAAUACUCCUGUUGCACCGUGUUCAUUUUGAGAGUACUGUAAUACUGUUGGAUCCGUAGAUUUGAACAAAUGUACGACUGUUACAUUGAUCUGUUGUUGUGCUUACUGUGUGGAUAUUCAUCGGAGCUUUUGAUAUUUCCGACUCUAAAUCACAGUAUUCGCGUUGACUGAUAAGAUACGGCGUUAUCUUAGCAUCAGUUUUUUCUGGAUCGGGAUGAAUGUAAUCCACUCUUCUUCUAUGCAUUCAUUUGCAUUCAUUACGGAGACUUAGAGUGGAUUGAUAGAGCACAGCUAUAGGACCCAUGUGCUCUGUGAUAUAGCAGGCUUUUAGAGCCAGACACCAGAGGAUCUGCCACACUUUUGUUUGUGAGGUUUAAGCCGAGUUCAAUAGAGGCCAGUGUUAUUAAAACCCCAGGAGGCAGUGUAUGCCAUGUUUGAGUUCUCUGUGAUCCAAUGAAGCGAGUCCAGUCUCAGAAUGUCUUUUUACACUGUGCCAUACGAGGAGAAAGAUGUUCCCGGGUCCAUAUGUGUGGAAAAUGCACAGAUUUCUUUUGUAUUAAAUUAAUCUUAAAUCAUACAGUAAGUUAAAGGUUAUUUUUAUAGCUACAUGACUGAAAAGAUUGUAUAUAGUGUGAAUACAGUCCACAUAAUAAAGAACAACUUAAGUAAUAAA